AUGCUGACUUCACAGACCUGCGACACAUUGUGUCAAGACCGCCCGAUCCUGGAGAAGCAGUUCGACCCCACCGUUGACGUGGAAUCUGUGGAGAUUCCUGAGAAGGUGGCUCUUCUCCGGAAGCGGCUGGAGGAGGAGGGUCCUUUCGAUGUGCUGCUGGGCUUCUCACAAGGCUGCAUCAUGAUCCACUACCUGGUGGGACACCUGCGCCGAGAGGGACUGCCGGUGCCGUGCAACCUGCUUGUGUUCUUCGAAGGCAUGCACAUCCGCGAUCAGAGAUUCGUGGAGUUGUUCGAGACGCCAGUAAAGCAUCCCAGCAUCCACAUCUUCGGAGAGACAUCACCGUACUAUGCCUACGCACGCGAGGGCCGCUGCACCACGAAGCGCGUGGAGGAAUACUACGAGAACCCGCUCGUACUGACACACGCCGAAGGUCACAACUUUCCGGCGCAGCCACCACGGAGCACCGAAAUUUACACCAUCGUCAAAGAGCAGAUCCUGCAGCUAAGAGCAGAUGGCGCCACGCCGCCCGCGUAG